AAAAGGGUAGUGCCGUCCUCAGCUUCUCCUCUGCAAUGGCUCUGCCUCUUAGGGUCUUGAGUCGGGGCUUGGCCAGUGCAGCCAAAGGAGACCAUGGAGGGGCCGGGGCCAACACCUGGCGCAUCCUGACGUUUGUGCUAGCUCUUCCCAGUGUGGCCCUCUGCUCCCUCAACUGCUGGAUGCAUGCUGGCCACCGGGAGCGCCCAGAGUUCAUCCCUUACCACCACCUGCGCAUCCGCACCAAGCCCUUCUCCUGGGGGGAUGGCAACCACACACUUUUCCACAAUCCUCACGUCAAUCCUUUGCCCACCGGCUAUGAGACCCCUUAAAAUCUUCCAUGGCCUCCAAACUGAUCUUCUGUGUACCAGCUAUGAGAGCCCCCAAAAUUCCAGUGGGCAGUUCCAAGUGCAAUAAAGGUGUGGAACUUU